AUAUGACCAACUGAUAGCGACCGAUGAGUGCUGAUCUUCAACCACCGAGGGGAGCAGAGAGGACAGAAAGGAAGCUGCCAAACAGAGCCACAAGGACAACCAAGAUGUUUCGACAACUGCUUCUGAUCUCACUGCUGGGGCUCACAAGGAUGACAGCACACGGUCUGCCUUGUGCCCAGAUGGCCCGAUCCCAGCACCCUCCAUCCACUGUCAACAGUGUGAAGCCCUCAGAUGUGGCCUUGCUGUCCUACAUCAGACUUCAUGCGCACAGCGUGGAGCUCUUCACGGUUGCAUCACGCCUCAGUGAGCUGAUGACUCAGUUCAGUCCUGAGCUGACCAGUCACAUCACACAUCAAACAAACGUUCACAGAGAUCGCCACCUUCCUCGACGCAGCACCGUGCUGGAGCAGGCGAAGGAAGUUACCAACUACCUACAGAACAAUCCGGAUGUUGAUGUGAACAAGGACUGGAAGCUGGUGCUCCUCUUCGUCCAGGCGGACCAGCUCUGUGGCUGUGAGCAGCAGCAGGUUGCAUCUGACAUCAGAGCCGUGGUGAAAGAGGUGGAUGAGGCUCUGCAGCUGCUGCACUCUCAGAUGAAGCGGACCAUCGUCAGCGUUGCAUUGUGGGACGGAGAGCCUGACCCACACCAAAACAAGAUGUGUGCCUGCAUGGAAGCGAGCACUGAGGGAGAGUUCCGGCUGAUGAGGGCCAUGAUGACUCAAGCUCUGCAGGAUUCCCUGGACAAGCUCAUGGUCCAGAAGCAUUGGUACAGCAACAGAGAGGACUUCACCGUCAGCCUUCACGCCGCUCCUUUGCUCAGAGACCCAAUGUCUGUCGCUAGGGGAAAGCCUCUCUCUGAGUCCGAAGCUUCGCAGCACACUGAAAAACUCGUGAUGCAGAUGUGGGCGAACCUGCUGCAGUCCACGGCCGGCAAACACAACACAAAGAUCGCCACACUGCCCUGUCCAACUGAGGAUCAACCUUUCCUGCGCACGGAGGGAAACUCUCCUUCACAUCGCCAAGCCCACGACGCCUCUCCUCGCCUUCAUCCGUUGACAGGGACAGAGAUGACCUGCGAGGACCUCAGCCCCUCAGACUCCACACCCACUUCAGUCCAUGAACUGAGGCCUGGAGACAUCAAAGUUGUGGCCUCCAUCGGAGAUUCUUUGACCGCUGGGAACGGCAUUGCAUCCAGUCCGUACAACGUCCUUGACGUCCUGACUCAGUACAGAGGUUUAUCCUGGAACAUCGGUGGAGAUCAAAACCUCACAACUGUCACCACUCUGCCCAACAUCUUGAAACAUUUCAACCACAAUGUGAAGGGCUUCUCUCUUGGUACGGGGGGUCCUGAUAAUCCCAAAGCUUUCUUCAACCAGGCUGUGGCAGGAGCAAAAGCCAUCGACAUGCUACCACAGGCGCAAACUCUUGUGGCGAUGAUGAAGAGCGACCCUACAGUCAACUUUGACUUGGACUGGAAGGUGAUCACCCUUUUCAUCGGCGGCAAUGACAUGUGUGAUUACUGCAGCAACUCUCUGCUCUACUCGGUCGAAAACUAUGCUCUCAACAUUCAGAAAAGUCUGGAUUAUCUUCAACAGGAGGUUCCCCGAGCUCUGGUGAAUUUAGUAGAGCCCUUUCACAUACUGCCACUGAGAGAAAUGAACCUGGACAGUUCUCUUAAUUGUCCAUCUUGGCUGGUUGAGAUGCUGUGUCCUUGCGUUGUCCUGCCAGAGCCCGGCUCUGAAGCUCUUCAGGCACUGGAUGAAAUCAACAGAGGCUAUCAGCGUGCGCUGGUUGGGCUGGUCGAGUCGGGCCGGUACGACACUCAGCCAGACUUCACUGUGGUCCUCCAGCCUUUCUUCAGAGAAACUGUCUUGCCCAGACUGGCGGACGGCCGCCCCGAUCGCUCCUUCUUCAGCGCUGACUGCUUCCAUCUCAGCCAGAAGGCCCAGACACAGAUGGCUCGAUCCCUGUGGAACAACAUGCUGGAACCUCUGGGACAGAAGACUACCACACAAGAUUUUAACGCAAACAACAAGAUGAUGUGUCCCACCAAGACUUCACCAUAUAUUCGAACCUAUAGCAACAGCAAUUACUCAUAUUCUGGUCCCGCUCCCACACCUGCACCCAACAAAAACUGGGGGAGCGACUUCUCCUGUGUGGACCUUGCUCCUUCUGACACUGUGCCAACAUCAGUUCACAAGCUGAGACCAGCAGACAUCAAGGUGGUGGCAGCACUUGGAGAUUCUGCAACAACUGGCACUGGCGCUAAGGCAAAGAACCUGGUUGACCUCAACGUUCACUACAAAGGAGUGUCGUGGAGCAUUGGAGGGGAUAAUACUCUGGAGACUGUCACAACACUGCCUAACAUCUUGAGGAAGUUCAACCCGUCUCUAACGGGCUUCUCCAAAGGCCGAGGCCUACAGAAGAGCUUCAACAUGGCCGUACCCGAAGCGAAAACCUCGGAGAUCCCAGCGCAAGUCCAAGCUCUCAUCAAGGCCAUGAGAGAAAACAAGGAGGUGAACUUUAACUUGGACUGGAAACUUGUGACAAUAUUCACAGGGGAAAAUGAUCUUUGCCAUUACUGCACGUACCAAAAUAAUUUGUCACCUCAGAACUUCAGUCACAGUCUGAUGCAAAGCUUGGACAUGCUUUACAAAGAGGUACCGAGGGUGUUGGUAAAUGUCGUGGAGAUCUUUGAAGUCCACCAGUUGAAAAAAGUUUCAAAGAACACGCUGGGCUGUAAACUGCUGCAGAGAAGCUUGUGUCCAUGCGUUAUCCACCCAUCAGUAAACUCUCCAGAGCUUGAGAAGAUAAGACAAAUCAAUCUCAAGUAUCAGACCGAGAUCCAGUAUCUUCUUUCGGGAGAUCGCUACAAUGGGAAAGAAGACUUUGCCGUUGUAUUGCAGCCCUUUUUACAACAUUUCUUUAUCCCUUAUAUUGGAAAGGGCGAGACUGAUCCAAGUUUCUUCUCCCUGGACUGUUUCCACAUCAGUGAGCGAACUCACGCUGAGAUGGCCAUCGCCUUGUGGAACAACAUGCUGGAGCCCGUAGGCAGGAAGCAGGUCUACAACAACUUCACAUAUGACCGCUCCAAGAUUCACUGUCCCUCUGAGGCCAGUCCUUUCAUCUUCACUAAGAUCAACAGUCUCCCAAGUCCACCCGUAACCGACACCACUACGGCUCCAUCUCCAGCCACAGAUGCGACCUUCAGUACCAGCCCCGCCCUAACCACCCUUUGUCCAUCCUCCAUACCUGUGUGGGUGCCUGUAGUCGUGGGAAUCGUGAGUCUGCUGGCUGGGGUGACUGCCUCAUGGCUAAUUCUGUCCAGCUGCCACCGCAGGAAAAACAAAGCAGUAACCACAGGAGAAGUACUUAAAGGAACUGGUUUUUAAUGUAGCCGAUCCAGUUUCAACAAAUGUUUAAAGACUAUAUGUAAAUAUGGUUAAUGUGUCUUACCUUCCUGCCUUUGGCCCAAGUGAAGCCAAAUAACCGAGGAUACAGAUGUGCCGUCUUGAGUGCCUGGAGCCAAGGUCUGUCACUUGUGCAAAUAGUCAGUUUGUCAUAAGUUUUAUUUAGUGAACUGGAUACAGAUUAAAGUUUGAGUCUGUUUUAGAAAUUCACAUAUUUAAUUUUAGUAUUUAAAAUAUGUCUUGCUAGAAGAAUGGAAAGUAUUGCCUAGAAACUGUGAAAUAAUCAAGAUGUAAUGAAUUUAAUCCAUACAUUUUUGUACAUUUGUCUUCACAUCGUGCAUAUUUAAGCCAGUAUUUGAGUAAUUGUUGAUGCACUUUGUGAUUUUGUUAUAUUCAUGCUCUUGAAGAACUGUAAUACGUUUGCUGAUUAUUUAAAUUUUUAUUUAAUGCUAUAGUUUAAAUUAAUUCUGAAAUACUUGACAGUUUUACUUUGACUAAAGAGUGUUGCUGUGUUUCUCAACACUGACACCUGUUGGAUCUUAACCAUCAUUGCGGGCAACCAAGUUGAGAGACUCAACUGACAGUAAUUCAAUGACCUAGUAUAUACAACAAUAUUAAGUUAUUGAGUUUUAUACUGUAUAUUAU